AUGCCAUCACAUAACAUAAACCGUCCUGCACUCUCGAAUAUUUACUCCAUACAGCGCAUCUUCGCUCUGCUAACUCUAGUUAUGUUGGUAUUUGGAAUGCCGUCGAAAAUGGUGUCAUUCGCCUCGCAAGAAUCUCUGGAAAGGAUAAAUAGUCUUCUCAGAGGCUCUGCUAAUAGAAAUGCUGAUGACUUUACAGCAGGAUUGAGCCAAGAUAAAGACGACAGCGGUGGUGACAAUGAUCACCACAAUAUCGAUAUUGACCCUUUGCCCCGACGCCCCACUUUAACACCCGACGGCCAACUCCUAAAAGUUGGUUUGCAUGGUGCUAUUAGUUCAGAUUUAGAGAUAUGUAGUAAUUUGACCAUAAAUGAAGUUCUGUUGAAAUUCCCCGAAUCUAACGCGGCAGAUGCUGCAGUAACACAGGCACUUUGUAAAGGUAUGGUGAAUUUUUUCAAUAGUGGUAUUGGAGGUGGUGGUUACGCGGUGUUUUCUGGUAAAAACGAUGACGAUCAUCUAUUUAUUGAUUUCAGAGAAAAGGCGCCCAUGGGUUCGAACAAAUUCAUGUUUGAGAACUGUUCUUUGUGUUCGAAGAUAGGAGGUUUAGCCGUGGGCGUUCCGGGAGAACUUAUGGGGCUCUACUAUCUAUACAAAGAAAGGGGCAGCGGCCAAGUUGGGUGGUAUGAUUUGAUCAAGCCAGUGGCAGAGUUGGGAAGUGCUGGUUGGCAAAUAGGUGAAGCACUCGGUGCCACUUUAGAGCUUUAUGAAAGUGUUUUUUUGACAUUAAAGGAGGACUGGUCAUUUGUAUUAAAUUCCACCCAAAAUGGCGUUUUAAAAAAAGGCGAUUGGAUGAAGAGACCGAUGCUAUCCAAUAUGUUGAUGGAACUGGCUAAAAAUGGCUCUGUAGCUCCCUUUUAUGACCCCGAUCACUGGAUUGCUCAAUCAAUGGUUGGUACCAUAGAAAGAUACAAUGGAAUAAUGAACUUGACCGAUAUUGCAUCAUAUGAUGUCCACGUCACCAAACCGCUCUCCAUGCAAAUCAGGAAGGGUGCAAACUACAUUCCUGACAACGAUAUGACUGUACUAACAAGUAGUGGUUCGAGUUCUGGCGCUGCACUCCUCGCGGCACUAAGGAUAAUGGAUAACUUUCCAAACCAAGAAGGAGGCGAUUAUGGCGAAGAGAACACGUACCACUUGCUUGAAAGCAUGAAAUGGAUGGCAAGCGCUCGAAGCAAGUUGGGAGACUAUCCAGGUGAAACAUUGCCUGAUCACAUUAAAGAAGUGUUGGACCCAGGAUGGGCCUUGAAGGCGGUCAAGACUAUCAGAAGCAACUCUCAAGAUGGCAAGUUUAAAACAUUAGAAAACUGGACGCUUUACGAUCCUGCAUACGAUAUUAAUAGCCCUCAUGGAACCGCACACUUCAGUAUAGUGGAUUCUCAUGGGAAUGCUGUUUCUUUGACAACCACCGUCAAUCUGCUGUUCGGUUCCCUGGUGCACGACCCAAAAACUGGGGUAAUUUUCAAUAAUGAAAUGGACGACUUCGCACAAUUCAACAAAUCCAACAGUUUUGAAUUGGCACCGUCCAUUUACAACUUCCCCGAACCGGGGAAAAGACCCCUGUCAUCCACUGCACCCACUAUUGUACUAUCAGAACUGGGUAUCCCUGACCUUGUAGUGGGCGCUUCGGGCGGUUCAAGGAUCACUACGAGUGUUCUGCAAACAAUCGUCAGGACUUACUGGUACAAGAUGCCUAUAUUGGAGACAAUAGCCUAUCCACGUAUGCACCAUCAGUUGUUACCCGACCGCGUCGAAGUGGAAAGCUUCUCCAUGGUUGGCAAAUCUACUCUAAGCACUUUAAAGCAAAUGGGAUACACGAUGAAGGAAGUUUUUCCCAAGAGCGUCGUAAACGCAAUACGCAAUGUCAGGGGAGAAUGGCACGCGGUGAGUGAUUACUGGAGAAAAAGAGGAGUCUCUUCCGUAUACUAA